AUGCUGGGCAGUCCAUUUUCCAAUUACGGUGCGAGUGGUUUUGUGGAGGGUGCGAGUGGUUUUGUGGAGGGUGCGAGUGGUUUUGUGGAGGGUGCGAGUGGUUUUGUGGAGGGUGCGAGUGGUUUUGUGGAGGGUGCGAGUGGUUUUGUGGAGGGUGCGAGUGGUUUUGUGGAGGGUGCGAGUGGUUUUGUGGAGGGUGCGAGUGGUUUUGUGGAGGGUGCGAGUGGUUUUGUGGAGGGUGCGAGUGGUUUUGUGGAGGGUGCGAGUGGUUUUGUGGAGGGUGCGAGUGGUUUUGUGGAGGGUGCGAGUGGUUUUGUGGAGGGUGCGAGUGGUUUUGUGGAGGGUGCGAGUGGUUUUGUGGAGGGUGCGAGUGGUUUUGUGGAGGGUGCGAGUGGUUUUGUGGAGGGUGCGAGUGGUUUUGUGGAGGGUGCGAGUGGUUUUGUGGAGGGUGCGAGUGGUUUUGUGGAGGGUGCGAGUGGUUUUGUGGAGGGUGCGAGUGGUUUUGUGGAGGGUGCGAGUGGUUUUGUGGAGGGUGCGAGUGGUUUUGUGGAGGGUGCGAGUGGUUUUGUGGAGGGUGCGAGUGGUUUUGUGGAGGGUGCGAGUGGUUUUGUGGAGGGUGCGAGUGGUUUUGUGGAGGGUGCGAGUGGUUUUGUGGAGGGUGCGAGUGGUUUUGAGGAGGGUGCGAGUGGUUUUGAGGAGGGUGCGAGUGGUUUUGAGGAGGGUGCGAGUGGUUUUGAGGAGGGUGCGAGUGGUUUUGAGGAGGGUGCGAGUGGUUUUGAGGAGGGUGCGAGUGGUUUUGAGGAGGGUGCGAGUGGUUUUGAGGAGAGUGCGAGUGGUUUUGAGGAGUGUGUGUUUGCUUUGGGAGGAGAGUGCCAUCAAGAUAACAGCCAUG